UCUUAAAUUAUUCACUGCUAAUCAACUUCCUUUUAUAUGUUACUUGCGUCGAAGUCCGUCGUUUGUCACCAUGAGGGUCGAAAAAUGUUAUUUUUGUUCCUGUAAUCUUUAUCCUGGCCGUGGAACGAUGUUCGUACGAAAUGAUUGCAAGGUUUUCCGCUUUUGCCGCUCCAAAUGCCACAAAGCUUUCAAGAAGAAGAGAAAUCCCAGAAAAGUACGUUGGACCAAAGCAUUCCGCAAAGCCGCCGGUAAAGAGUUGGCUGUUGAUCCAGUAUUUGAAUUUGAAAAGCGACGGAAUGCUCCAGUUAAAUACAGUCGAGAAUUGUGGACACAAACAAUAACUGCCAUGAAGAAAAUUACAGAAAUUCGACAAAGACGACAUGAUCAAUUUAUUCUAAACAGAUUACAGAAAGGCAAAGAGUUGCGGAAAGAAGCUGCUAUCCGUGAGGUUAAGCAGUAUAUCCACCUUGUCAAAUCUCCUUGUGCAAACAAAGCAAGCAAAAUGGAAAGAGAAUUACUGGAAGAAGUCAAAGACAAAGAGGCACCAAUGCAGGCAGAGUAAACAAUUAUGUAUUAUUGUUUCCUUCAAAAUAAAGAAUUUAUGUAUUAUAA